AUGGCGACACAACGAACGAGCCUCCGAAGCUUGACCAGCUUGUUGUCGCAGCGAAGCGCUUGUUUCCGGUAUACAGCGCAGAGGCCAGGCGCAUUCAAGAUAAGCUACCGCCGAUACACUACGGACAUCGAAUCCAAUGAGCCGAUAGACCAGGCCACAGUCGACGAAUCUCCAUCACACCUCAACCCCUCUCCCGAAGACUAUUCGCGGUUCAUCUUCCAAGACAGAUGUCGCUCAACAAUCUACGCCGGUUCCGGAGGUCACGGCUGUGUCUCCUUUCAGCGAGAAAAGUACAUUCCAGACGGACCUCCGAAUGGCGGUGACGGCGGCAGCGGCGGAGGCGUUUACAUACAGGCCAUCGAAGGGAUGACCAGCCUGCACAAACUUGCUCGGGGCGGAAUAAUCAAGGCAACCCGAGGAAAGAAUGGCCAGGGGAAAAGUAAGGGUGGAAAGCGCGGUGAAGAUGUUCUCAUACAGGUUCCUGUGGGUACGGUCGUGCGUGAGGUAGACCGACAUGACCCCGUUGCUGCGGAAAAGCGACGGCAGAAACUGAUGAAGAAAGCGUCAAAUGACGAGGAAUUGGAGGAACUUGGCAUUACGCCUGUUCGUCACGAUCGCUGGGUCCUUUAUCCUGGUGCGAACCCGUCGGAUUUCCUGAUGACUGUGUUUCCAAAGAAUCCGCCGCGGAGGCAAAGCAUUGCUGCGCUUGAGCCGGAAGCGCCUAUAUACCUUGAUCUGUCGAGACAUAUGGAUAAGCCGAUUUUACUAGCGGCCGGGGGUGCUGGAGGCUUGGGAAACCCACAUUGGGUUUCUCGUGACCAUCCUCGACCCCGGUUUGCUUCGCGUGGAGAGGGUGCUAAGCGUUUGGAAUUGGAAUUUGAAUUGAAGCUGCUUGCAGACGUUGGAUUGGUCGGCAAACCCAACGCUGGGAAGAGUACCUUGCUUCGCUCCAUGACGAACAGUCGGACUCGCGUCGGGAACUGGGCCUUCACUACGCUUGAGCCCAAUAUCGGGACCGUGGUUAUCGACAACGACAAAGGGCGGCCCUUGGUUGAACUCGAAGGGAAAGCCCCGCGAAAGAGGUUCACAAUGGCAGACAUCCCGGGGUUGAUCAAGGAUGCUCAUUUGGACCGUGGCUUAGGCUUAGGGUUCUUGCGACAUAUUGAGCGAGCAGGAAUCCUUGCCUUUGUGGUGGAUCUUAGUGCUGGUAACCCCAUCGAGGAGUUGCAAGAACUGUGGAAUGAACUUAAAAAAUAUGAAGAGCUGCGCGAGAUGGAGCCAGCUUCCCACGGCGAGAGCGAGGACGAUCUGACUUGGAAUCCGCCACGGCAUGGCCUACCUGAACUACAGACCGAACAUAAAACCGAGCUGGCACGGUCGAAAGACAAUCUUCCAGAGCUUUUGCUUCCGGCUAUACAUACAAAACCAUGGUUUGUUGUGGCCACGAAGUGCGAUCUCCCCGAAACCCAAGGGCGAUUCAGGACACUUCAGGAUUACCUUCGCGGAGUCGAACAGGGCGAACAUGAACACCCAGGAGGGUAUGAAAGUGGUUGGAGGGAGAAGAUAUUUGCGAUUCCCGUAAGUGCUAUGCGGGGGGAGAAUGUCCAGCAGAUUCCAAGGCUUGUAAUGCAGCUUUUGGAUUAA